UGCUAUUGCUUACAUAUUCAUUCAUUUUCAUUCGCUUUUUUGGCUUUUGCCAUCAUCAAAUAGUCUUCAAAAAAAGAUUAGUCCAACAAACUAGCAAUUAGAUAUCAAUAAUUAAUCCUUCUUCCUCAUUACUUUAUUCAGCUACAUGAUUAAUUAAUUCAAAAAUUCCAAGACUUUACACUAUUUAUCUUGUCUCCAUUGAUCUCUCUCAAUUUCCAACACCAAGCCCUACCAUUUCUUCUCUUCUUUCUAUAGUUUCUUGGUUUUCUAAUUCUUCUUCAUCUUUUAACUACAACCAUGUCUUCUAUUUUGACUUCUCAAGGUAUGGUAUUAGCUACAGCCAUGGCAGUUUCUGGGACAAUGAUCCUUUUAGCUGCUCUUAAACUUCAAAAAUCUGCAGAUCAAUUCUCUUUCAACCUUAUUCUCCAUCAUCCUCGAUCUUGCAUCUCCACAGAUGGGAAGAAGAAGGAGAAAAAGAAGAAGAGAGUGAAAUUUGCAGAAGAUGUGGUGGAGCCAAGUGGGAAUAGUGAAGAAUACAGAAAACUUCGUUGUAAUAAUAAUUUUAGCCAUGGAAAUGGACAUGAAGCUUCUUCUUCUUCUAAUAAUUCGGAUUCAAAUGCAUUCAAGAAGAGUGGGAAAGUGCAAGAAAUGCCAGCCAAUAGGGCAGCCCUCUACAAUUCUAUGCUCAAGGGUCGGGUCAUCAACCGGGUCACUUAUUCCUAUUGAUCGGGUCGGAUUUUCCAAUUACCCAAUUCUAACCCUCUAAUUUAUGUACAAAUUAGAAAUUCGAGUCCAAUGAAAGAAAAAUGGAAAACAUUUAUUUAUCUUUCGAUGAAGUGGGCACGGGGUACAUGUGCUCACGUGUGAGAGUAGUUUGAAUUAGGAUUUUCUUUUUCUUUAUCUUUUUUAAUUUUAAUUUUAUAUUUGUGUAAUUUUGAUGUUUAUUUUGGGGAAAUUUUGCCAAAAGGGAGACAUCUUUUACAUGUAUUUAAUUUGUAUAGGAGGUGGUUUUUGAAUACAUGAAAGGAUGUAAAUUAUGACCAGAAUGAGUCAAACCAAGUGGAUUGAUUCAUUGUAUGUAUUGAGUCUGCUUGAAAUGGAAACGGUUUUUUUUUUUUUUU